AUGAGAGCCGUUUUGCAGCGUGUAACAAGAGCAAGCGUAACAGUUGACCACCAGGUUGUUGGCUCAAUCCAAAAGGGCAUUUGCGUGUUGGUUGGGAUCGCAACCGAUGAUGUUGAGAAGGAUGUGGAUUACAUGGUUAACAAGAUUCUUAAUGUUCGUGUAUUCGAUGACCAGGCCACAGGUACAAUGUGGAAGGCUGGUGUUAAGCAAGCUGGACUAGAAAUCUUAUGUGUGUCACAGUUUACACUUCAGGGACAGACUACAAAAGGAAAUAAGCCUGAUUUCCACAGGGCAAUGAAGACAGGCGAUGCCAAAUCGAUGUACGAAUUGUUUUUAGGCAAACUAGGCAAAGCUUAUGAUCCAGCCAAGAUUCAAGAUGGCAAAUUCGGUGAGAUGAUGUCGGUGGAAAUUAUCAAUGAUGGCCCCAUCACUUUAGAGUUGGACUCUCGAAAGUUCACUUAUGAUGAUAUCAAUUAA